CUCCAGGAGUGCAGCGGCCUUGGGGAAAUGCCCGGAUCUUUUGUGCCAACAGUCACUGCUAUAUCCACAAGCCAAGACCUCCAGUGGCUGGUGCAGCCUACCUUGAUUUCCUCCAUGUCUCAGUCGCAACAGCAGCAACAGCAGCAGCAGCAGCAGCCUUCCGGGCUGCCCCCACCCACAGUGGACCCCUAUGACCUGCCCGGUCCCAGUUAUGCUGCCCCCGGAAUGGGUGCCUAUGGAGCUGGCCCUUCGACUGCCCCUGUGCCUGAGGCCACCCCGCCUCGGUCCAGCAGGGCCCGGCCCCGAAGGACACGUGAAGAAACGCUGACCCCCGAGGAAGAGGAGAAGCGCCGGGUCCGCAGGGAGAGGAACAAGCUGGCGGCCGCCAAGUGCCGGAAUCGACGUCGAGAACUGACCGACCGGCUUCAAGCGGAGACGGACCAGCUGGAGGAAGAGAAAGCCGAGCUGGAGUCCGAGAUUGCGGAGCUGCAGAAGGAACGGGAGCGGCUGGAAUUUGUCCUCGUGGCUCACAAGGGCACCUGCAAAAUCCCCUACCAGGAGAUCACGGAACUGAGUGGGCAGCCCGGCCCCUCGGCAGAGGAGCUGACCGACCCGUACCCGGUUAACCCUUCCUAUACGUCUUCGUUUGUGUUCACCUACCCAGAGGGAGCCACCUGCGGAGCCAGCCACCAGCGGAACGGCAGCAGCGACCUUUCCCCGGACUCUCUGAACUCCCCCUCGCUCCUUGCUCUGUGA